ACACUCUCCCCCCUUCUAUACUUGGUAGAUGAGACGUUCUUCUCUACCCGUAUACUUAUAAUAUCCUUCCUUAUCAGAGCACGGGACCACGCGUUAACGUCCAAUCCAGUCCCAGAACAAGAUCGACGAUCUUCACCCCGACUCACACACUUCUGACCGUUCUGGUCAUUCCUUGUUUGUAUUGUCGCUCUCACCAUCUUGAAGCGCCAAAAGCUACUCAGCCAUUGAAUCGUGCAACACGUUAAAGAUGGGUAAAUCAUCUAGACGCUCGACGGCCAUGUCAUCCACUACACCAUCCAUCACACCCUCUGCCCGUUCUGCAUUUUUUAACUCUAAAUCAACUCCCUCUCCCUCUGGGUCCGAGCAAAAAUCAGCGCGAACAUCACUCAUCAAUGUUCUAUCUCGUCCUCGACCCACUUCGGCAGUCUCACAUCAUUUCGCAGUGUCAAAUGAAGGGUUUUCACCUUUUGACGAUGACUUUGAUCUAUCCGACCAAUCGACCAUCAGCAGUUAUGCCAGUUCCAUCAGCUCGACCCGACAUCCCUCUGCUGAAGAUGUAGCUCAGUUGUACAAAGAUUAUCUCGAUAAACCAUUUGUAAACAUCAAAUCCACGUUCAAGCAUAGUGAAUUUGGUCAUGAUAAUAAUCCCAAUUGGCGCUGGACAAGUCAAUGGAAUCCUGAUGAACCUAUUCAUCCCAUGGUGGAGAUACAACCUCCAUACUAUGUAUUAUUGACCACAUACAUCAGUUAUUUGAUGUUCAUCGUUUUGGGUCAUAUUCGUGAUUUCUUCGGAAAGAGAUUCUUCCCUGCGCAUUAUGCUCAUCUCAUGUCCCACAAUGGCUACGCUGCUUUGAACUCUGACUUUGAUUCAUUCUACACUCGUCGAUUGAAGAAACGUAUCGAUGAUAUCUUUUCACGACCUGUCACUGGCGUGGCUGGUCGAUCGAUAGUGGUCUACGAUCGUUAUUCCAACGAUGAACAAGAUACGUUCCAAUACACUGGUGGGAAAACGCGAGCUCUGAACGUUUCAUCUUACAACUACCUUGGUUUCGCUUCCUCCAGUGGUGGUUGUGCAGAUGCUGUCGAAGUGGCCAUCAAACGCUACGGAAUUUCCAGUGCUGGUUUCCGAUUAGACGCGUCGACCCUUGAUCUUCACCAACAAACCGAGAAACUCGUUGCCCGUUUCGUUGGUGCCGAAGCGGCAAUGGUCAUUUCUCAAGGGUUUGCGACCAACUCAACUACUAUCCCAGCUCUUGUCGGAAAAGGAUGUUUGGUCAUUUCGGACGAAUUGAACCACGCUUCGAUUCGAUUUGGAGUUCGAUUGUCGGGCGCUAGCAUCCGAAUGUUCAAACAUAACGAUAUGAAAUCUUUGGAAAAGUUGUUGAGGGAAUGUAUCUCUCAAGGACAACCUAGAACUCAUCGACCUUGGAAGAAGAUUUUGAUCAUUGUGGAGGGGUUGUAUUCCAUGGAAGGAAGUUUGGUCAAUUUACCUCAAUUAAUAGAGUUGAGACGUCGAUACAAGUUUUACCUCUACGUCGACGAGGCUCAUUCUAUAGGGGCUAUAGGACCUAACGGUCGUGGUGUUUGUGAUUACUUCGGUAUCGAUUCCCGUGAAGUCGACGUUUUGAUGGGAACUUUUACCAAAUCCUUCGGUGCCGCAGGAGGUUACAUUGCCGGUUCUAAAGAACUCAUCGAUCGACUUCGAGUACGUUCCCACGCCAUGUGUUACGCCGAGAGUAUGUCACCUGCCGUUCUCACUCAAAUCAUCGCUUCAAUGGGAUCUAUAAUGGGUAUAGCCCCACCAUUAGCAUCACCAGCAGAAGAAGAAUCCGAUUCCGUAUCAAUCGUCUCUCGACAUGCGGUCUAUGGUCCAGCACCAGCUUCAAGUUUACCAACAUGGCUGACACUCCCUACCACACUUUUGAACGGUACGGAAGGUAGGGAAAGAUUACGAAGAUUAGCUUUUAAUUCACGUUACCUUUCUUCUGGGUUGAGAAAACUUGGUUUUAUAGUUUAUGGUCAUCGUGAUUCUCCUAUAAUCCCUCUUUUGGUUUUCUCACCUGGUAAAAUGCCAUAUUUCUCUCAGAUGAUGUUGAAACGUAUCGGUGUGGAGAAAACGCCAAUAGUAGUGGUUGUGGUUGCUUAUCCAGCCACUCCUCUUAUCUCAUCCAGAGUCCGAUUCUGUCUUUCUGCAUCGCACACGAAAAACGAUAUCGAUAUGUUGCUUCGUGCAUGUGACGAAAUUGCCGAUGUGUUGGAUUUACGAUAUGGAAAACAAACCAUGACGGUGGAUGAAGUCAUAGCUUCGGCAGAAGAAUUGGUAGCUGCGAACUUCUAAAGAUCAUUGGAUCUCAAUCGAUCAAAGACGAAUCUAAUCGUUCGACCUACCAUAACACCUACAAACAUAUUUUCUGCCUUCUACUCUACCUCCUGACCACUCCACCUCAAAGUUUAUCGUCUCCUGGUAUCGUUGUGGAUAUACGAGUAAAAAGGACAGAAGACAGUGCAUGGUAUGGUAUGGAAGGAAGAGAAGGUAGAUAGGAAUUUGGUCAUACUGCUGAUAACCCUUGUAAAACCCCAAGGGUGAUAAUUUGGAAUACUAUUAAGAAACCGCCUGGAGCGUUAAUGCAACUUUUGUGAUUGAAUG